AUGGUAGAGUGCCAGAUGUUAGAGAUUCAGGAUGACAUGAACUCCCUGGUGCGCCAGGCUAUAUCGGAGCUGCGCAAGCCGCAGCCUGCGCGCCCCGAUGCCGAGCCGCUGGAAAACCAGCUUGUUGAGGAAAUCUUCGAACACAUCAACGAGGCCGUUGCCAAAGAGCAGCCAAAGAACAUCAUCAAAUUCAUUGUCGACUUCCUCUGUGAGCAUUACCCGGACCACCUGCACGGCUUCUCGAAGCUCUGGAAAGCUGAUCCUGAACUCGAGGCCAACCGCAUGAAGGUGCUGCAGUUCUUCAACUACUUCCACCUGCCUGUCGAUGUGGCCUGCCACUUCACCAACGCCGGAUUCGACACCCUGGACACCAUCCUCACACUCAACAGGGACUCACUAGGCGAGAUCGAGGCGUACUCGGAGGCGCAGUGGCCCCCGGGGCACAAGAUCCGCCUGUACUCCAUUUUCGAGGACAUCAAGAAGCACGUCGAAGAGUUCAAGCGCGAAGCGCAGUACAUGAACAUGUAA